GUGUGUGACACCGGCUGGCUAGCUCCCCUCCCCUGCUUGGGGGGGGGCGGCAGAGGCAGGCAGGGAAGCCAUUGCCUGUUUAAUAGUUGCUGUUGCAGCACUUCCGCUUCUCUCCCAGCGAGAGAGACACGAGUGGCCAGGCCCAGCCGCACCGAGGAGGAGCAGCCAGACACAAAGGGAGAGGUUUGGGGUACAUAGUGGGGGGUAGCUAUGUCGGAUGACGAUUCGAGGGCUAGCACCAGCUCUUCCUCAUCUUCAUCCUCCAACCAACAGACCGAGAAAGAGACAAACACAUCUAAGAAGAAGGAAAGUAAAGUCAGCAUGAGUAAAAAUUCCAAGCUCCUUUCCACCAGUGCCAAAAGGAUUCAGAAAGAGUUGGCUGACAUCACCUUAGAUCCACCUCCCAACUGCAGUGCUGGCCCCAAGGGUGAUAACAUCUAUGAAUGGCGAUCAACUAUUUUAGGACCUCCAGGUUCAGUAUAUGAGGGUGGAGUUUUCUUCCUUGACAUCACGUUUACACCAGAAUACCCCUUCAAGCCUCCAAAGGUUACCUUUCGAACAAGAAUUUAUCACUGUAACAUUAACAGCCAAGGGGUGAUCUGCCUGGACAUACUAAAAGACAACUGGAGUCCAGCCUUAACCAUUUCUAAAGUCCUUCUCUCCAUCUGCUCACUUCUCACAGACUGCAAUCCUGCUGAUCCCCUGGUUGGAAGUAUUGCUACUCAAUAUAUGACUAACAGAGCAGAGCAUGACAGAAUGGCCAGACAGUGGACCAAGAGAUACGCUACAUAAACUGGAGUUUUGUCUAACCCUUGUGUUAAAUAAUCUGUGAUGGAAAGAGCUGCUUAUGAUUUUGAAGGGGUGGGACAGGGGAGGGGAGAAACUGAUAAAGAGUAGGGUAUUUCUAUAACAGAUUUUAUUCAGUCUUUUAUUUCCUAAGAUUUUGUUGUUGUAACUUAAGGUAUCUUGCUACAGUAGUCAGCUAGAAUGGGGAAUAGCAUAUUUUAAGACUGUCAUUAGUUCAGCAAUAGUAGCUCUGAUUAUAGCACCAAGAAGAAUGUAAACUACUUUGACAAUUGGAGGGGGGAUGGGAAAGGGUGUUUGGUUACUUGUGAUAGGUAAAAGAUUAAAACAGCUUAAUUUUGUACAGGUACAUAUAUUUGGCAUUUAUGUAAAAGUUCUUUCAAGAAGACUCGCUAUGUGCUUUUUUUAAAAAUUUGGUUUUAUUUUAUAAAAAAAUGUUGGGAAUAUUUUUUCCCAUGGGAGGUGGGAGAGUUUGGUAUUUAACAGAUCUUUUAAAAGAUUGCCAUCUCGUUGACAUGAAAUAUGGGGGUGUGGCUAUGUGUUGCCUCACCUAAGAAAAAGGAAAGUAGUUCAUGUAUUCAUUUUUCUAUACCAAGUUAGCUUUGUGAAAAUAAAGGUUUUAAUUGGGACUUAGGGCAAUCUGUAGUGAAAUACCUUAAGCUGUUUAACUGUAAGGCGUGGAAUAGGAGUCACUCAGUGGAUUGGUUAUAUGUUGUGGGCUACCUAAGUCUGCAUUUGUUACUGUGCUAAUAAAGAUAUGUACAAAAAA